AUGCACUUUUUUAAGGGCGAGGACGACAAGGUGGGUAGCAAGGACAAAGCUGUUGGCACUAGUGACGGGCGUAAGGUGGAUGCAUUGCGCCUAUUCAUUGCUAAUCUGGACCGUUGGACCACGCAGCAGGACUUGAAGGAGUACUUUUCUCGCUACGGCAGCAUUACAGGUUUAAACCUGAUUCGUGAACGCGAGAGUGGGAUGCCACGAGGCAUUGCUUUCGUGAAAAUGGCUACACCGCAGGAAGUGAAGGCUAUUUUGAAGGCGUGUCCUCAUUAUCUGCGCGGGAGAAGCAUCGUCGUGCGACCCGCAUAUUCGAGAGACUCGAGAAGAAAAGUUGCGAAUUCCAGUAACGCCAAAACUAACCAUCAGUUGGUUGUUCACGAUCUACCACCUCAAUUAAGUAAGGAAAACAUCCUAGAGCUCUUUGGCGGAUUCGGUUCAAUUACAAACAUAAGGAUAGACCAAACCAUAGGCAAAGCCUUCGUCAAUUUCUCUACUGCAGUAGCGCUCCAACUGGCAAUCGCCGCAACUCCUCCCCGCCUCAAGGGUGUGAGCCUUCAUGUAUCAUUGCCCCGUGCUCACGAAUGGAGUGCCUUUAAUGUACUCGUCCCUGUCGUUUACGAAUCGGCUCAGGAUAAACAUCGAAUAGAUUCGGAACCCAAAUGCAAAUACAUGUACAGCUCCAAUCACAACGUGUAA